GGCUUGGGGCCCGCAGAUGCCGGCCUUCGCCUUCGGGGGAGAGAAGCUGCGGUCAGCGGCUGGGGGCGGUGCGACGGUUUACGUGCCCUGGACGUUUGGGCGGUUCGCGCGCCCCCGGGUUGGAGACGGGUCGGGUCCUGCUCGCAGGGUUCCAGAGCGCUCAGUGUCUAUCCCUCACGUCCCUCGUCUGUACUCCCUGCCGCCUCCUGGCGAUGUAAUCUUGGAAGAGUUGUUUAAUUUUUUCUCCGUGAAAUAGGUUAAAUAAUAGUUUUAUCUAGCGCAGUGAUGUUGUGAGAAUUACGUGACUAGAUGUAAAAAUGCUUAAAAUGCAUGCUGAAAGGUGGCCAGCUGUUCCCAAACUACUGUUUCUUACCCAAGAAACGCUAAGUUCCCUGAAAGCUGUGAGCCCGCAAGGGGAUCCGAGCUGCGGUGCAGCCCCUUCUCUGAUCUUUGCAGGAAGCGGGACUGUGCCUGGAUUUCUAGUGACUGUUCCCACCGCUUUUUUAAAGGAUGAGUGGGUCUCACUCCCAGGUGAUGUUUGGGGGCGUCCAUUGUAAUUUAUCUUGAACUAGUGACAGAACUGUGAUUAUUUCUAGUCUGCUUUCCUUCCUCAGCCCUGACUUCACAAAGAGGGCUGCAAGAGAGGAGGGCGUGCACCCUGGCUCCUGGUAACGUCCUAAUAAGGACUUAAUAUGUUCUUAGAUAGAGAACAGAUUUACUUUACGUAUUGGCAAUUUUUUCUGCUGGGAAAGUGUUAGGAUAUUUAGAAUAAACGAGAUUGGAUGGGACAUGUGUUGAUGAAUGAUAAAAAAAAAAAUUAACUGAUUAAUAUGUAGAGUGCCAGGUACUCUUCUAAGGGCUUUCUAUGGUUACUUAGUUUAAUUCUCAUAACACACCCCGUAGGUAUUUUUAUUAUUUUUGUUUUACAGAUGAGAACACUGCUUUGUAAAGAAUUUAAGUUUCUUGCCCAAAGUCAAACAACACGGAAGAAUUGGAACUGGGAUUUGAACCCAGACAGCCUGGCUUCUUGAUGUUUAUGCCAUACACUCCUUCAGCACUAAAAGAUGUUCUACUUUCCCAAGACUCUACCCAUCCCUGGAAGGAGCAGGAGAAAAUGACCAAGUUUCAGGAGACAGUGACAUUCAGGGACGUGGCUGUGGUCUUCACCGAGGAAGAGCUGGGGUUGCUGGACUCUGCUCAAAGGAAGCUCUACCGAGAUGUGAUGGUGGAGAACUUCAGGAACCUGGUCUCUGUGGGGUGUCAACCCUUUAAACCAGAUACGAUACUACAGCUGGGGCAAGAAGAGAGGCUUUGGAUGAUGGAGACAGAAACCCAAGGAGAUGGAUGUUCGGGACACAGGAGUCAAAAUGAGAUAGAGGCUCUUCAAAAGGCAGGGUUAAGAUACCUUUUACAUGAAGUCCUUAUCUGCUGGCAAGUGUGGGAGCAAUUUGCAAGUAAAUUAACUAGAAAUCAAGACUCUGUAACAAAUCUUCAAGGCAAGAGGUCCAAGUUGCUAAUUCAAAAUGAUUCCCCCUGUCAGAUGUGGGCAGGAGAAUCCAUUCAGGUUUCUGAAGAUGGGAAAUAUGUGAUGAAGCUUCAAGAGGAGAGUUCCAUUAGUAUCAAAAAUCAAGAGUUUCCAUUUAGGACUAACUGGGAUUUCUGGAGGAAGCUGUAUCUGAGAGAGACACAGAAUUACCAGAAUAGGUGUCAGCAAGUUGACGUAAAAAAUAAAUUGUGUAAAUGUGAUCAGUGUGUUAUGAAAAAGAGCUGUCAUCACUGUGAUGACCAUGAAGUACACAAAAGAGAGAAAGCUUUUAGCCACAAUAACUGUGGAAAAGACUUCAUGAAGAAACCAUCCCAGCAUAGUAUAAUCCACUCAGGAGAGCAUUCCUCUGAUGAGAAUGGAAAAGGCUUCAGCGUUGCCUCUAAUCUUGAACUUCAUCAGCAAUUACAGUUAAGAGAAAAGCCUCGUACAUGUAAUAGUGAAUGUGGAAAGGCUAUCAGUUAUAGCUCAUUGCUUUCCAUUCAUCAGAUCGACUCAGCAGUAACAGGUAAGGGUUCCAUUCAUCAGAGUGUUCACAUAGGAGAGAAGUGCUGUAGGAAUGAUGAGUGUGGUGAGGACUUCAGUCAGAACUCACAUAUGCAAACUCAUCAGAGAGCCAUCACAGGAGAGAAACCCUACAGAUGUCGAGUAUGUGCUAAGAGCUUUAAUCAGACCUCCUUUCUUCCUAAUCAUGACAUUUUUCACACAGGAGAGAAGCCAUAUAAGUGUGACAGAUGUGAGAAGGGCUUCAGUCAUACCUUUGAUCUUAACAUUCACUGUGUAGAUAACACUGGAGAGAAAUCUUAUAAAUGUGAUGUUUAUGAUAAACGUUUCAGUCAGACAUCACAACUUCAAGCCCAUCAGAGAGCCUGUACUAGAGACAAAACAUACAAAUGGGAAGUGUGUGAUAAGGUACUUAAUCAGAAUUCUGGCCUUCAUCAGAGAGUCAGCACUGAAGAAAAACCACAUAAAUGUGAGGUGUGUCAGAAGAGCUUCAGUAAGGCCUCAAAUCUUCAAGCCCAUCAGAGAAUCCACACUGGAGAGAAACCAUACAAAUGUGAUACGUGUGAUAAGAACUUCAACCGUAAUUCCCAUCUUCAAGCCCAUCAGAGAGUUCACACAGGAGAGAAACCAUACAAAUGUGAAACCUGUGGUAAGGACUUCAGUCAGAUUUCACAUCUUCAGGCCCAUCAGAGAGUUCACACAGGAGAGAAGCCAUACAAAUGUGAGACAUGUGGUAAGGGCUUUAGUCAGAGUUCACAUCUUCAGGACCAUCAGAGAGUCCACACUGGAGAGAAACCCUACAAAUGUGAGGCAUGUGGUAAGGGUUUUAGUUGGAGUUCACAUCUUCAGGCCCAUCAGAGAGUCCAUACAGGAGAGAAACCCUAUAAGUGUGAAGAAUGUGGGAAAGGCUUCAUUUGGAACUCGUAUCUUCAUGUUCAUCAGAGGAUCCACACAGGAGAAAAACCCUAUAAAUGUAGCACGUGUGGUAAGAGUUUCAGUCAGGCCUCACAUCUUCAAGCCCAUCGAAGAGUUCACACUGGAGAGAAACCAUACAAAUGUUUUGUAUGUGGUAAGGGCUUUAGUCAGAGUUCAUGUCUUCAGGUUCAUCAGAGAGUUCAUAAUGGCGAUAAAUCCAAUACAUGUGAUGAGUGUGAUAAAAGUGUUCUUCAGAACAUAGACUUCUCAUUCUCAUCAGAAAAUCCACACAGCAGAGGAUAUUUAUAAAACGUGUUUUUGGAAUUCAAGAAUAAGCUGAGUUUUUCACAGUCAUUCAAGUUCCAUUGGAGAAAACUUAUUGUAUGAAUAUUGCCAGUGUUUCAGGCAGAGCUCAGAAUGUCACAGUUCCAAAGAGAACACACAGCAGAGAAACUCUACAAAUGUUACAGUAAGGGUUUCAGUCAGAACCUUCACAUUCAACAGAGCUUACAUGAAAGCAAGGCCUUAAAAAUGACAAAUAAGGUCAGAACUUUAGCAGUAUUGUACAUGACAAAAUCCAUUUCCCCUAGAACGUAAGCUCCAUGAAAGCAGGAACUUUGUUUACUGCUGUAUCACCAUGACCUCAACCCAGUGCCUGACAAAUUUUAGGUGCCAUGUCACUGUUGACCUCUACAGAGAGGGUAAACCUAUUAUAAACAGGACAGAUAUUUGAGAAGUUUUUAGUGAAUUCAACCCCAAAUAUUCAAAAUAAACUGUACUAGGAAAAGGUUUCUUGUACAAGGCCUUAAAAAUUAAUUCAAGGACAGUAUCAUUUAAUAAAAAUACACAAAAUCUGCAAUUUGAGUAUAAGACUUUUUUGCAGUUAAUGCUUGUCCUCUGCUCAGCUUCUCUUCUCAAGUAGUAAUGGACUUAAGUUUUUAUCUUACCGUGUAAGGGUUUCUCUGAACAGUGUACCAUCAGUAGUAUAUAAGUCUCACUUUCUUUCUUUUCUUGAGUCUUUUGUGAUAAGAACAGACUGAAUUAAAAAACAAAACAAAACUUUUUUAAUUCCAUAAAGCUUCCCAAGAAAAGGGUGUGUAAAAGAUAAGGGAACAUUUGAUAACAUACCACCAACUGAGGCCCUUUGGAUGUUCAACUAAGCUUUUAAGGGCACAGAGAAUUUUGAACACCACCCUGUACUUCUCAGACACUUUAGUGGUUUUUAAGUAUGCUUGGUUGAAGGGCUUACUCAACCAGAUGUAUAUUUAAUGUGGGUGGGAUCAGUGUUCCACAGUUUUUUUUCUUCUGGACCUAAUAGUGAAAGAAGGAGCCCAGGUGGUGCAACGGUUAAGUGCUCAGCUGCUAACUGAAAGGUUGGCAGUUUGAACCCACCAGCAGCUCUGUGGGAGAAAAGACCAGGCAGUCUGCUCCCAUAUAGAUUACAGCCUAGGAAACUCUAUAUCGGGCAGUUCUGCUCUGUCCUACAGGGUCACUAUCAGUUGGAAUCAACUCGACAGCACAUGACAACAACUCUCCAGGACACUAAAUACUUAAAUUCUGUGAUAUUUCAAGUUUCACAUUACCAUCAGAAAUUUAGGGCCUUUAAUAUUCUGCUGUACCAUUGCCAGAUACUAGAGUGGGCUACUAGUCUUCAUGGUUUUUAUGUCAGCUAUGAUGCUUUCUGUUGUAAUUAAUAGAAAACUCAAACUAGCUGAAACAAAAGGGAUUUAUUGAUACACUUAAUUAAAAAUAACAGGGCAGGCCUGGUUGAAACAGGGCUCUAGUUCAGUUCUUUUGUGACUGCCACAUACACACACACACACACGUGUUAGCUGUGGGUUAUGAUUUGCCAUUGUGACCAUGCAUCAACCUACUGGAGAAUCUUUGUACUUUUUUUUCAAAGUAAAAAGAUUUUUUUCCCCUAAAAAUGUACAUAAUACAGAAAAAAACACUUCUAAGAGUGAAAGUUGGUGGAAACACCACUGACACGUGCACUGUGACUGUUGAACUUUUUAGAUAUCUCUCUGUGUAUAUGGAUACAGAUUUUACUCACUUUUACAAAACUAGGAUGGUAAUAUGCAUACUAUUCUGUAACUUGAUUUUCUCACUCAAUAUGUAAAGAAACAUUUUCUAUCAAUAUAGAUCUACAGCAUUUUAAUUGCACAGUAUUCCAGUAUAUACAGAUUAUAUAUUAACCAAUUUCCUGCUGACGAAUGUUCAGUCUGUGUCUUCUAAACAACUGUUCGUUGAAAAAUUUAGGACAGUAACAUCCAUCCUCAUGCACUUGUACUGUUACUUCCUUGAGUGAAAUUUUUAGAAUUCACGCUGAAUCAAAGGAUAAUCACUUUUAACUCUGGUCAGUGUUACUGGGCAGCUACCUUUCUAGGAGGCACUUGAGAUGAAUAAUGGAUAUCCGACUUUGGACAGAAAUGACCUGCUGGGAAUUUACUUUCCUGUCACAAGAAAAUAAAUCCUCAAUGGAUAAGGACACCAUUCAGAGCCUCCACAAUUUUUUACAAGCAAUGUCUGUCAUUAAAAACAAAAUUAUUCAGUGUUUCUAGGAAAAAGGGCCUAAUGACCAAAAACCAAGAGAAAAGCAAUAGAAACUGACCCCCACAUGAUUUAGAUACUAGAAUACUAGACAUGGACUUAAAAAUAACAUGUUCUUGGAAAUAUGGACAAUUUCACCAGAGAACAAAAUCUAUUAAGAAUCAUAUAGCCCUGGAUCAAAACAACAACAAAAAAAUAAAACUGAAAUUAAGAAUUUAAUAGGUAGGCUUAAAAGCAGAUUAGAUGUAGCCAGAACUGUAUAUUCUCUAACCUGCAGAGUUUAGUAGCCUGUGAGUUCCUCUAGGGUGGACACCGUGUCUUAUAUGUAAUGUCUGUGCAGUAAAUAUAGAUACAAAGCUCCAGAGGGUAGGAUCCUUGUUGGAGAGAGAGUUUUGGGAGUCAAGAGUUAAGCUCUCAGCUAAUUUAUACUUCCUCUUUGAGUGACAGGUCCUAGACAGACAUGAAUAAGUCUUGUUUUUGAAUGGAACCAACAUAACGUACCCCUGUUGUCAAGAAUCCUCCCUGAGAUUUCAAAUCAGAGAUUCUGGGACCUUCUGUCCUUGAUAAUUAGGGCCUAUGUGGUGUUACUGCGGAAACCCUGGUGGCGAAGUGUUUAAGUGCUAUGGCUGCCAACCAAAAGGUUGGCAGUUCGAAUCCACCAGGUGCACCUUGGAAACUGGGGCAGUUCUACUCUGUCCUAUAGGGUCACUCUGAGUCAGAAUCGACUCGACAGCAGUGGGUUUGGUUUUUGGUGUUACUGCACUUGCGACACUUAGAAAAGGAAAAGAACCUGAAAGUUUUGACUCAGAAGUGUGAGGAAAGAGGUGAGAAUUGCAUAAGGUCUUGGCUGGGGGGCAAUCUGUUGAGGGUGAGAAAAGAGGAAAAGAUCUUCAGGGAAAAAGGUAUGUGAGUAAAUGGUUUAGGUGAGAAAAAUAACCCAUCAUCAUAGCUGGUUAAGUGUUAGACUUGCUUCCAGGUUUCACCCACACUAGUCUAGGUAGGACUGGUACUACUGAUUCUUUCCUUCCCUCUAACCUGCUUUCUUAGUACCUUGCCCUGCUCCGAGAGGAGGACAGUUUAAACAAGGCAAGUUUUAGGGAAGUGGAACUUUCUAAAUAACUUGUCCAUUCUCAGAGAGUGGACACCUCUCUUAUGAAAAAAAGCUCAACAUCAGUUGAAGUACAGCCAGGUCACUAUUCUUAUUGUAUUUAAGCCUCAGUGAGGUAAAUGGUAUCUAUUGCAACAUGAACAAACAGGCUAUAGAAAGUUAAGACUAUUGCCCUAGUUCACACAGCAGCAGGAUUUGAACAAAUGGACCAAUGAUUUUAAACAAUGUUUGAUUAUGAGAAAUUUCAAAAACACUCAAAAGCAGAAGAUAAUGAUGGACCCCAUGUACGCAUCACACAGAUUCAACAUCAUCAAGAUUUUACCACAUUUGCUGAAUCUAUCCCUUUUAUCUUUCCUGAAAUAGUCUUAAACAAAUCCCUAAUACUGUAUUUCUUUUCACACCUACUUACUUUAAUAGGUAUCUCUUAAAUACGGAUUAUUUUUUACAAAACCG